GUUAAAAAAUAGUUGUUAAGUAAAAAUUAUUUAGAAUUUCACUCUUUAUAACAUACGUCAAAAUAAAAAAAUCCGCGAAGUGUAACCUUUUCUGCAUAAUUACCAAAAAUUCUUUAUUUUAUAGGAACAUUUAGAAUAUCUAUAUGAUGCUGCAAUGGCAUAUUUGGAGCUCUUUCAAACUUAUGCAAAUUUUUCGUGAGAUAACAAUAAUUUGCCUAUAUGAAAUAAUAUGAAAUAAUUUUGUAUACUAUAUGCUCUCUAAUGAUAUUCAAUAUUAAUGUUAACACUGAACCUAUCACGCCAGUCAAAUGACCGGUUUUAAACUUUAAAAAUUUUAAAUUACAUUAAAAAUUUUUCUACUGAACAGGAAUUUAUGAAUUCAACAGAAAUUUCAAUGUGCUGGUCAUUUGCUUCACUCUCGUCUUCAAAACCUGACAACAGUCUCAUUCACUUUUGUCCUACAUAUAUUGAUAAUGUUCGGUAGAAAUAAGUAUAUAAAUUGUCGAUAGGUUUAGUGUUAAUAUUAUUAGAAAUAAAUUGUAUUAUGUUAUCAUAGUUUAUUAAAAAAAGUCAAAGACAACAGCCAUAUUUAUAAUAAUUGAUAUGCACGUUUAGUAAUAAGAGAAAUAGACUCAUUUUGUAUUGAAUUUUGUAAAAAUGUGUUAUUCCGCAAUCUAAAAUUUCGUAAUAUAUCCCAUUGUAGACAAAUAUAUUAUUAUAAAGUGUGCUUAAUAUUUUGAUACUUUUCUUAAUUUUUCUGUUAUCAUAAGGUAACCUAUGAUAUCCUGAUAUCCACCAUCACAAUUUAAUUCGCUUUUUUCUUUAUGGAUGCAUGGGAUUAAUUUUAAAUAUUAACUGAAAUAAACUCUGAUAUAUCAUUGCUAUAGAAAUAGUUCUAGUCUGCCCUAAGCAUAAAUUAAUUAAAGAAAUUUUGCUAAUAGUACUUUUUGUAACCAUGUGCGUUUUACAGUAAACGAUAAUGUUAAUGUUCAACGUAUGUUUAAAUUUACAUCAAAUAUUACAUAUCAACUAUGAAUAAUAUUUUGUAAGUACAUAAUUAUAACAGUAUUGCUUAGUGAAUUAAGUACACACUGUAAAUUUUUAGAAUAUGGAAUAUAAAAAGUAUAUGUGUUAAAAAUAUAUUAUUCUAUAUAGUUUUUUUAUAGAAAUUAAACUAUUAUGUAAAUUAAUAUUUAGUUUACGUACACUGUUCCAUUCUGUUACAAGUUUCUUCAAUCGAGAAUGAGAAUGUAUCUUGCACAACAAUAAAAAUACAGUUAUCUGACAGAAUACAAUUAAUGACAAUCGCAAAAUAUCGCAAAUACACAAUUAUUUAUUAAACCGACACUCACACAAUUUUUUAAUACAUUUCUUUAUUAAUAAAUUUCAUCAAGAUAAAGUUGUUAUAUUAUGCAAUUUUAUAUUAUACACUAUGUAAUACAUUAUAAAACAUAUCCACCAUUGUUCAGUAUAAUAUAAAACUUUGUUCUUAGUAUAAUAUAAAAGUAAUAUAAAUGUAGUAUUCUAGUAGAAUGGUUAUUUCCUUAUGCCGCCACUUCCGAUUAGCAGAAAUGAAAUGUGUUAUCGCGGUUUUAGUACAAGGAAGUCCCCCCAAUUCCUUUCUAUCAUUUGAAACCACUUCAGUAAUCCGAACAGUACAAGACAGAAACGCAACCACUAACAGAUCCAUAUAUAAAAACUUAUAUAAUUUAAACAGGCAUAAUAAAAUUUAAAUUAUUUUCCUUAAAUAAACGAUCACGUAUUAUCCUACGUCUUACCUACUACGCUAAUUUUACGAAGAAGGCGGACAUUGGUGAUAAGGAUAACAAUGACGAAUCUGUUAAUGUUCUUUCUCUUCGCAAACCAAGUACUAUAUAUUUUUGGAAGAUUGACUGUUAUACGUACACCACCUUAUUCUCAGAGAGACAGACAGUUUUUAUGUAUCUCUGAGGAUGAUGGCUCUGCUCUUGUGUGGAAUGAUAUAAUCUCAGAAAACUCAUUCAAAACAUCGAGAUUGAUACGGUUCAGCAAUGUAGAUGAUAUUCAGUCAGAUAAAGAUAGUAUAGACUGCAAAAUGAAUGAAAGGGAUGACUGCUUACACUCAUGGAUUAAACAAAACUGGAGCUUAACAAAUUCCCUUGAAACACCUUUGGGCCCGGUAUUUGAUCAACGAUGGGAAGAUUUCGAGGAACUUGGAAGUUUUAAUGCAGAAUAUAAUCCUAUAAACUUAGAAAGUGCUACAUUUGCGUUUUCGGUUCGUGCAUCACUUAGUGACGUGGAAAUGUUGUUUUGCAAUGGCAGUGAUUACACUAAAAGCUUUUGUUAUUGGAUUAUAAUUGGCGGUUGGAACAAUUCAAAAUCUGCCAUACGAAGAUGCCCAAUAGGAGCACCUAAGCCCAACAUGGAAGCUGAAGACAAGGAAUGCAGUAUAGACAAAGCUUCAGCCAUUCAUGCUCCAUUGUCUUCAACUGAAUGGCGAACUUUUCUGGUUAUAUGGGACAUCAUAAAUCGGAAUAUAUCUCUUUAUGAUUCUACCACUGACACAGUUUUUAUGAGAUAUCAGGAUACGAAACUGCAAACAAGUGAAACGGAAAAUAGAAAAGUGAAAAACUCGGACUUUUUCAACUAUUAUCACAUGUUCAUAAGAAGCGCUGAUAUGAUGAUCUAUCGAUUUCACGUAUAUUCUUUUCUACACACUACUAUUGCAAAUGCAACUUUAACAAGUCCCACCUUUCAGUUUAAUAAUAAGAUGUGUAUACAAUUAUUACUUGGCCUCUGCGCAGAAUGUGAAAUGAGUAUAAUACUAUAUGACAGAACAGGCAACAUAGAACUGAAACGUGGUCUUGUAAAACGCUUUUUUAAAGCUACAAGCCACGACUUGCCUACAUGGCAAUACAUCACAAUUAAAUAUACAACGAAUAAUUAUGAUAGCGUGAAAAUGAAAUUAACGCCUAAACUUAAUUCAUACAGUUCUAACCCAUUGUGGGCGGUGGCAAAUAUUCGUCGAUGUCCCACGAAUGCGUCUUUAAGAUGGAGUCGUCUGCAUUCUAUUAUACCAUCUAUAGUAUGGAACAAGUUUCCAAGCGUAACGUGCCAAAAAUUAUUUUAUGAUAAACACACUGUUGUAAACACCACACCGGACGCCACAUCAAAUGUGAAAAUGGGUGACGCAGAGUGUCCUGAAGGCAAAAUUGGACCACAAUGUUUGUUACAUUGCAAUAGUGAUUUAUACGGUUAUGCUGGUUGCAAAGGCCAUGUAAUUUGUUAUAAAGAGGGUUGUACCUGUCCUCCAGGUUUCAAAGGAAAUAAUUGUUCUACAUUUUGUGAAACAAACAAGUAUGGUUAUUACUGUAAGCAGAAAUGCGGUUCGUGCAAGAAUUCAACACCUUCAUCAAGAGAUUUAUGUAAUAAAGUAACUGGAGACUGUUUGGACGGUUGUCAUAACAGUCAAGAAACAGUUUACGUACCUUCUUUAUGUCGAACAAUUAUAGAUAAACCGGACACACCUACAAUUUACAGUAUAGACGAAAUAAGUAUAAAGGUUAAACUUUUUAUAACAUGGAAGGAUGAAUAUGAAGGAAAGCUCUUUUAUGCUUUCAACAUUAUACCAGUAAAUAGUUUCGUUAUUAUAUAAAUUAUUUGAUAAAAUUGUCUUAUAUAAAAGAGAAGAUAAUUGUUUACUCAUAAAUUAACCCUCAAGAAAGUUGAGUUUUGCGGUAAAGAAUACACUAUAUCUUUUUUUCGUCGUGUUGUUAUAUAGAGGCAUAUUUAUGACAUAAGAUAUGUGUUUCCUUAUCUAUAAUUCUAUAAUCAUCAUCUUUCUCUCACAUAUGUAUUCAAAGUACAUUUAAAAUUGUCCUUUAAUAUGCUGAUAAUUAAAUGAAAUUUACGAUCGAUAUAAAUAUUUGUGAAACAAUAUUCUUCAGUACAUGAAAAGAAAGAAAAGAGGACAGUUAUGUGACAUCUCUCUUUCUCUCUCUCUCUCUCUCUCUCUCUUACAGGAUACAAGUAAUAAUGGUAUACUCUGGAGACCAGUAUUUUCGAAUGGAACAGAGUUGAUAGAACACUUUACAAAUUUAGA